AUGAUGGGUUUUUUCAAAUCACAUAAUUCAAAGAAAAGUAUACAAUCAAUAAAUUCAGAUGAUUUAACAAAUCUUGAUCCACCACAAUUAAAUCAUUUACCAAUUUUAAAACCAAGAAAUAGUCAUGAUUCAUUUAUAUCUCAAGUUAAUCAAAUGAAUUUAAUAACUGAAACAAAUGGUGAAACUUUCCAAUCAAAUACAAAAAGACCUCAACAACCAAGUGACGAUUUCACAGUUAAUAAUAUAACUUUGGUUAGUAAUGGAUUAAAAGGUGAACAAGAACGUAAUUUAAUUUUAGAACAACAAGUUAAAAUGUUAUCACAUCAAGCUGCAAUGGCAUUAGAUAAAUUAUCUGAAUCAAAUAAAGAAAAUGAAAUAUUACAAAAAGAGUUGAAAGAAUUGAAAACAAAGCAAAACAAAUUUUCAAUAAUUAGAAGAAAAUCUUCAACUUUAUCAAAUAGUACUAAUAGUACUAUGGGGAAUUCUGUAUUUAGUCAUUCAGCUAAAACAUUUGGUGGUUCAAGAUCUAAGAAUAGUUCUAUUUCUUCAAUACAAACUAAUAUUGAUCAAUUAAAACAUUCAAAUGAUGAAUUUUUGGAUCAAAUUAAUCAUAAUCAUGAAAAAGAAUUAAAUAUUUUACAAUUGGAAAUUAUAAAUUUAAAGAAUGAAUUGAUUAAUAAAGAUUCUGAUAUUGAAGAAUUAAAACAAGAACAAUUAAAUUUACAAGAAAUCAUUCAAUCAUUAAAAAAGGAGAAUAAAUCUAUAUUAUCAAAAUUAAAAUUCCAAAAACAAAAAAGUUGUGUUGAAUUAGAAUAUUAUCAAAAUCAAUUAACAAUUUUAAAUAAUCAUAUAUCAUCAAAGAAAUCACGUACAUUGGAAUUAUCUCAUAAAUUACAACUUUAUAACCAAACAAAGUUAGGAAUUGAUAAUACAAAGAUGAUCUUGAGCUUAUAA